GACUGCUGGGGCAGAGAGCUGGACACCAGAGGGGACUCCACUCAGUCUCGCUGCCAUGGCUACGCCCACGAGGCUGCAGGAAGAGGAAUAGCGGGACUUCUCUCCGGGCUGGAGGUGAAGACACAGAGCAGGGUGCCCAGCCCUGAUUCCUGCAAGGGAAGGAAAGCAUUCUGGGAAAGUGUGUGGAGACGUUUGUCCAGGCUGGAGCAGGAAACACCUCGAGGCCCCUGCAAGAUCCGGCCCAGUGGCCUGACCUUCCUGCACCUCCAGAGAGUGGACCAUGGCCAUACUCCUGCUGCUGGGCCUCAGCCUGGGCUGUGUGGGAGCAGGUGGCUUCGUAGCUCAUGUGGAAAGUACCUGCCUGCUGGAUGACAAUGGGGUCCCGAAAGACUUCACAUACUGUGUUUCCUUCAACAAAGAUCUGCUGGCCUGCUGGGAUCCAGAGGCAGGACAAAUAGCCCCCUGUGAAUUUGGGGUGCUGCAAAACUUGGCUGUGGGCCUUUCAAAUUACCUCAACCAACAUAAGGGCCUGCUCCAGCGCUUGGGCAGAGGGCUUCAGGACUGUGCCAUGCACACCCAACCCUUCUGGGAUGCACUGACCCACAGAACGAAACCACCGUCUGUUCAAGUAGCCCAAACUGCCCCCUUUAACACGAAGGAGCCUGUGAUGCUGGCCUGCUAUGUAUGGGGCUUCUAUCCAGCGGAUGUGGUCAUCACAUGGAUGAAGAAUGGGCAACUUGUCAUGCCUCACAACAUCAAAGAGAGGACUGCCCAGUCCAAUGGAGACUGGACAUACCAGACUGUCUCCUACCUGCCCUUAACCCCCUCCUAUGGGGACAUCUACACCUGUGUGGUACAGCACAGUGGGACCCCCGAGCCAGUCCAUCAGGACUGGACAGUUGGGCUGUCCCCCAUCCAGACGGUGAAGGUUUCUGUGUCUGCAGCCACCCUAGGCCUGGGCUUCAUCAUCUUCUGUCUUGGCUUGUUCCAUUGGCGGAAGUCUCGAUACUCCAGCUACAUCCCUCUCCCUGGAUCCACUUACCCAGAAGGGCGGCACUAGAGGGCAGAACUGAGGAGGAGAUUCCGAUUCCUGAGGAUGCCUCCGUGGCCCCCAACAUCUUCAGGACACCCCGCUUUCUUGUGUCAUAAUUUCCUCUACUUUUCCCCAUGUAAAUAUUAGCAGUUUGGGGGCUGGAGGGAUGGCUCAGCAGUUAAGAACACUGGUUGUUCUU